UUUACUGAAUCGCUUCACUGCUUUCUGAGGUUGUCGGGAGUUUUGUCAGAAAACUCAGGCUGGUGGUCCAGUGGUGUUUUGAUAAGAAAUCUCCCCACAUCAAUGAAGCAAAGGUAAUUUAGCUGUGGCAACACUUCCAGCAAGAAUGGCCAGUGGAACUGUAGUUCUCAUCCCCUCUAAUGGAGCAAACAUAAUCCAAAUGGCCCCUGGAUUGCCCAAUGUUGCUCUUCAGGCAUCUGGAGCAACUCCAUAUCCUCUGUAUGGAGCUCAGCAAUUUCAAAUUCCCACCAGUGCUCCUCAACAAGUUCCACAAAAGGGUCCUUUGGAAAGAUUCUUCAAUGCUGAGCCCAAAGUGCUUGGGGCUGUCCAGAUAUUGAUUGGGCUGAUCCACAUUGGCUUUGGAGCUCUCUCGCUUUCUUCAAUCUUUUAUUCAUACUCUUUUUUCCCCCUUUCUUCAGUUGGAGGUUAUCCCUUUUGGGGAGGGAUAUUUUUUAUUUCUUCUGGAUCACUUUGUGUAGCAGCUGCAAACAAUUCGAAUCGUAGUUUGGUAAAAUCUAGUGUAGGACUGAACAUCACAAGUGCUGUAAUGGCAUUAAUUGGUAUCAUCCUGUACCUAUGUGAGCUGAGCCUCAGUAGUGCUUUUUGGGGAUAUCAGAAUCGAUAUGACACUGACAGUUUAAGUAGUGUCAGUUUUGGCCUUUCCUGUGUGUUGCUCUUGUUCAGCCUGCUGGAAUUCUGCAUUGCUGUUUCACUGGCUCAUUUCGGCUGCCAGGCAACUUGCUGUAGGGAUGACCAGCCAACGGUGCUUUUUGUGCCUUACCAAGUCAUCAGAGGUAGAGAAAUGGCAACUGAACCAAAUCCUUCUCCUUCUCCACCAGCUUACGAUAACGUGGUUACCAAAUCUCAGUAAAACAAGAACACCAGGAAGGAAAUGUGAGAAGUGUUGCAACAGAGGUUUUAGGAGAAGCAAUCCCAUGACCAUGAGGAGGCUGCUACGUGUGAGGAUUGGACAUGAGUCACUUUUUUCAAGUCUGUUGUAACUUUGGAUGAUCACUAAAUGACCAGUUGUAAGUUGAGAACUACCUGUAAUAGUGGUUGCAUAAUCACUGUGAUCCCAAAACAGAAGAAGUUUGCAUAUAACUACAGUACUCCAUAUUGUUAGGGUGCUUAAGCUGAUAAAAAACACAGAUUCCAUGCAAAUUGCCAUUUAUUUGUUUUUUACUAUCAUCAGGGUGUUUCAGGUAUUCUUGGAGUUGAAGUCUAUAGUUCCUAAAGGUUCCAGAGUUGCCCAUAUCCCUGGUACUGUAUAUGCUCCAAGAGACUCAAUUGGAAUGUAGAGAAGAUUCGUUGCUUCCUUGUCCAUAAUUACAUGGUGAAAAUUUUGACUCCUGCAAUGAUUUUACAGGUGUACAAAAUGUACAUUUGCACAGUUUUUGAGGUUUCAAUUGAUAGGCAGUAUCCUGCAUAUAAUCUAGCUCAGUUGAAUUGAUGUCACUCUUAACUUCCUUUCUUGGAUGAAUCUGCAUAAAGAUGGGAAGUUGAACAAUUAGCCUUGUGCGGCCGGAACAAUCUUGAACUGAAUACACUCAAAAUUGUAGAAAUGAUAGUAGAUUUUAGGAGAAGCCCUCCAAUUCUACCACCUCUUACAAUACUAGACAACAUAGCAUGUUUCCCCAAGAAUAAGACCUUGUCUUAUUUUCUCCGAAAUAAGCACUAGGCCAUAUUUUGGGGGGAAGUCUUAAUUCUCCACCCAUAUGAGGCAGAGGGGUGAGCUGCCCCACGUGCCCUGCACCGGCUUACUGAAGGGUCACAGCAGUCCGUCCCAUCCACACAUACAGCUGACUCAGGCUGCUCUGACCGCCACCUCCAGCAAGUGUGGCCUCUUCUACAGCUGAUUGCAGCCUGGUGCGUCCCACAGACAUACCGAAAGGUAUUUUUACCUUAUAUAUUGUAUCUUAUACAAUAUAUAUCAUUAAUUAUAUUAAUGACAUUGUUUUAUUUAGUAUCCUAGUAUGAUUUGUGUUGAUUUCUUAUUUAGUAACCUAUGACUAACACCAAGUGUUGUAUCUUAUGAUUUAUAAUGAAUGUAUUUUAUGAUUAUGAUCAUGAUUUUUCACUUCUUGCUUUUAUGUAUACUGAGAGCUUAUGCUCCGGAGACAAAUUCCUUGUGUGUCUAAUCACACUUGGCCAAUAAAAAAUUCUAUUCUA